CGCGGCUUUUCGCUUUCAGGACACCAUCCGCAGCCACAGGGUCCCUACGCGGUGGCCUCAGUCUCACCCCCGGAUACUGGGGGUGCCGCCCGGUGCCGCCGCAGGGGCCGGGGAGCGCCCCACGGCCCGAAGGAGGCGUGAGGUCGUCGGACUCUAGCCGGGUCCGCGCACCCGGUCCGCCCGAGGCUGGCACGCCCGCUGCUCUCCGCCCGGAGCUCUUUGUCUCUCUCGGGCUCCCGUCCGCCCGCCCCACCCCUGCGCCCCCAUUGGCCAGGGCUCGGGCCCGGGCUCCGAGAGGAGGGAGCGAGUGGGCGGGGCCGCGUGGCGUCAGGGCAAGAUGGCGGCCUCGGCGGCGCUGUUCCUCCGCUUGCGGAGCGAGCUCCGACUCGGCGCGCGGGGGCUGUGCGCGAGGCUGGCGACACCGCCCCCCCGGGCCCCGGACCAGGCCACGGAAAUUGGGAGCCGAACGGGCACCAAGGCCCAGGCUCAGGGGCCACAGCAGCAGCGGGGCACAGAGGGUCCCAGCUACGCCAAAAAAGUCGCACUCUGGCUCGCUGGGCUGCUGGGGGCCGGUGGGACUGUGAGCGUCGUCUAUAUCUUUGGAAACAACUCUGUGGAUGAAACUGGUGCCAAGAUUCCCGAUGAAUUCGACAAUGAUCCGAUUCUCGUACAGCAGUUGCGUCGGACAUACAAAUAUUUCAAAGACUAUAGACAGAUGAUCAUCGAGCCCACCAGUCCCUGCCUCCUCCCAGACCCUCUGCGGGAGCCAUACUACCAGCCGCCCUACACACUGGUCUUGGAGCUCACGGGCGUCCUCUUGCACCCUGAGUGGUCGCUGGCCACUGGCUGGAGGUUUAAGAAGCGUCCAGGCAUCGAAACCUUAUUCCAGCAGCUUGCCCCUUUGUAUGAAAUCGUCAUCUUUACAUCUGAGACUGGCAUGACUGCAUUCCCACUCAUCGACAGUGUGGACCCCCAUGGUUUCAUCUCCUACCGCCUCUUCCGGGAUGCCACAAGAUACAUGGAUGGCCACCAUGUUAAGGACAUUUCAUGUCUGAAUCGGGACCCUGCCCGCGUAGUCGUCGUGGACUGCAAGAAAGAAGCUUUCCGCCUGCAGCCCUACAAUGGUGUUGCCCUGCGGCCCUGGGACGGCAACUCCGAUGACCGGGUCUUGUUGGACCUGUCUGCCUUCCUUAAGACCAUUGCACUGAAUCGCGUGGAGGAUGUCAGAACCGUGCUGGAGCAUUACGCCUUGGAGGAUGACCCCCUGGAGGCUUUCAAACAGCGCCAGAGCCGGCUAGAGCAGGAAGAACAGCAGCGCCUGGCUGAGCUCUCCAAAUCAAGCAAGCAGAACCUCUUCUUUGGCUCUCUUACCAACCGCUUAUGGCCUCGCUCCAAACAGCCCUGACCUCUCAGAGCCUCCUCAGACUCACUGCCUGGGUCCUGGGUCUGGGGCUCAGUGCUCCCAGACUGUGGCUUGGGCAGCCACAUCCAAUAAAGUCCAUCCCAGAUGCCACA